CACUGCAAACACGUUUGGAUUUCGGGAUGGCUCGCGAUCCGUGGCACAAGAAGGUGAAACCUAACUUACCAGAUCUCAGGAAGAAUAUAAGACCUGUGAGUUCCGGUCUGCUGGACGAGCUCUACGCUCACCAAGUCAUCAACAGGAGCGACUUCACUGCCUUGACGUCCCUCGACACUGAAGAGACACGAGCACGUGACCUGUUGGAGGACAAGCUGCCACUCAAAGGACCAGAAUCCUUUGACAAACUGUGCGACCAGCUGUCCAGAUGUGGAGGCUACGAGCGCGUUCUCAAACAGCUGCGCGGUGCAGCGUCAAACGUCUUCGUUGAGGCAUGGCGUGCAGAGAAGGAUGAAGAAGCAAGGAAGGCACUAGAUGGAGCUCGAGGAGAAACCAUAUCCGACGAUGGAGCUCGAGCAGAGACCGCAGCCGACGAUGCAUCUGACUAUGAAAGUUUAAGGCUUGUGGUGCCUGUUCCAGCUACGGAGUCGGUCGUCAGGUUUGGAAAGUGGAUGGGAGUGCAGCCAAAACGCGUUUCGUUCUACAUUCCUCCAGAUUGUCAGAAUGAUUUUCAAGCAAUCGAAGAGAAAGUGAUGUUGGCAUGUACAGCAGCUGGAAUCAGCAAUGGCAACGUCCAGAUGAUUUAUGAGAGUGUGGAUGAGGAGAGUGGAGAGGUUUUAGUCAAGUUACAGUCUCCUCAAGAGGGAGCUCGUGCUGUUGUUUGCGACAAGGUCAUGCUUACCUCUUUUCUACUGCAUUGCGAGCCAGCAUCCGAGUUUAGAAUCGACAGGGAUGCUCUCAUCGCCACUCUCUCGAAUCAUCUCAAUAUUUCUGAUGAAGAUGUUGCAGUCAAGGAAAUCUUGGAUGACUCUAAGGUUAUCGUUAGUUUGCCACUUCAGGGAGUAGCCGCAUUGUUUGAUGUCUUUACCAAUGCCAAGAAAGGUUUUGCUCUUGCUGUCGAAUUAAAGAGCCAAGUAGACAAACUGUCUCAUGUUGAAGUGCAGAUAGGUUGUCUGCAUCUGCCAUUACCGCUUAUACCACCUGUAGAGGCUCCUGAAGAGUUGGCCGAAGAUGCUUUUUUGGUAAAGACUCCUGACGAGCACUUGCAGCAUGUCCUUGCAUGUCGGUUUUCAGGUGAUGACAAUGCGAAGGCUGUAGAAGCUGCCUGCAUCAAGCUUACAGAGAUGGAUUCAAAGGAUUCAAAGGAGGCAAUGCCAUGGAAAAAUAAGUAUCUCUUUUAUGCAGCAGGUGCAGGUCAAGUUGAGAUGUGCGAUGUAUUGCUUCAACAAGAAGCAGACCCAAGAGCUUUUGUUCAGAGAGGCAACAGACAGUUGUCAGCCAUUCACGUAGCCGCCCAAGGUGACCAUGUCGAUGUCAUCAAGUCUUUACUGAAACUAGAAGAGGCUGCCGAGGAGGACGCUGCCGGAAGAGGACCAGCUAGAGAUGACACUGUUACAGAAGAAUCUGGCAUGUCAGAAGCUGUCGAGGAAGAAGCUGCCAGGGUGGGAGCUAAAGAGCAAGCUACUAGAAGAGAAAUUGUGAAUUUAUGUGGCACUAGAGACAAAAACACACCAUUACACUGGGCAUCUUGGUAUGGCAACUACAACACGGUAGAACUUCUUCUUCAGCAACAGGCAGAUCUUAAUGUUGUGAAUGGUUCUGGAUGUGCACCUCUUCAUUAUGCUGCUGCAUCUGGAAGUGCAAAAUGCAUCAAGCUUCUGACUGAUGCAGAAGCAGACAAGGAAGUUCGUACCACAACCCUUAAUCUCACUCCACUUGAUGUUGCCAUUCAAGAGCAUCAAGUUGAUGCAGUGCAAAGUCUGUUAGAUGCUAAAGUCAAUCCUACUCUCACAACUAAACACUGUCUGCAGCCUAUUCAUUUUGCUGCUUCACUAGGAGAUCACCGCUGUCUUCGACUGUUGAUUAGGGAAGGUGUUGGGUGCCGAGAUGGAUCAUUGUUUGGAAAUUCAAUGGACUUGGCUAAGAAGGCAGGACAUCUCAUAGAAGUUAUUGAUACAGUAACUGAGGCAAUGGAAGACAGAGAAAUAAAUAAGGCUUCAAAGGUGAAAGAUUUGGAAGACAAGUUGAAGAACAUUAGCCAGGAUGUGGAACUUUUGAAUGGCAGAUGCACAACACUGACAAAUGACUCAAAGAAACUUGAAGAGGAGGUUAAGAAAUUGUCCGAUGAUUUGAAAGAGCAAGAGAAAGAAGCUGAGGAGAACCAGCAGAAAGCCAAGGAACUGGAAGAGAAGCUAACAAAGGAGCAAGAUCAGCUGACAACGCAGGUUGAAGCCGAAAAGAAAAAGUUUGAAGAGCUUUCAGAGGAAGUUACCAAAUUUAAGCAAGAGCAUGAUGACCUAGAGCAAAAGAUUAAACUACUGGAGCAGACAGCUAUAGUAAUGCAGGACGACAUUUCGAAGCUAGAACAGACAGUUGGCACUGAAGAUCCUACAGAAGCUAGUGAGUCCACACUUGCUGAGGCAACAGCUUUAGACAAGCCACUAGGCACUGAGAGAGAUACUGCAGAAACAACUGGUCGCCCACAGGCUGCUGCUGCUGCUGCUUCUGUUGAAGCACUAGCUGAAGAUUCUCCAUAGUAAAAUUUGCAUUUUGGGAAUAGGAUAUCAAAAUGCCAAUAUGAUAUUCAUGUAUGCAAUGUUUGUUACUGCAAGGCAUGAUAUUUUUAUUAUAUUUUUACAGGUUGAUGCAUGGUAUGUUGUUAGGGAUUUUGCUUAUGUUUGUAGUGUGAACCACACAAUGUGAUCCGAAUGCUUUUGAAAUGCCAGCAUAUAUAAUUUUGUUUGGUUUUGUCUUAUAUUUGGCAAAUCAAUUACUUGGGCACACGACAAACACA